AUGGGCGUAACAGAAUUCUCCUACUUCACCAUCAAGCCCGGCAAGACAUUCCCCGACGAAGAGGGUCUGUAUGACCGCGUCUUAGACCAAGCCAUCAGCCAACCCGGCGCCGGGAGUAUCUACUAUGGCAACUCAAUCGAGAAGCCUGAGCAGUCGUGGUGUUUUCUCGACUGGGAUUCGGUGGAGGAGCACUCAGCCUACCGCAAUACCGCAGCCCACGCCCCCAUAGGCAAAGCCGUCGGACAAUACCUAGACUGGAACCAAGGCUACAUAAAGCACAUCGCGCCCACCCCCUGGCCCCCCACGAUUCUCGCCUCAGCCCCCGUCACCGAAGUCCUCACCCUCUUCUUCCCCGCAGACCUCGACGCCGCCGCCAAGGAAGCCCUCACGACGCAGCUAGAGGAGUUCAAGACCAAGGCGCUGGAUACGAGCCCCGACUUCAAGGGUAUCAGCUACGGGUGGAGCGUUGAGAACGAUGUUCCCGUCACGGACGAGCCUGGUACGACGGGGAACCUACUUGCUGCAUUUAUCGGGUGGCCGAGCAUGGAUGCGCAUAUGAAGUUCCGCGAUACGGUGCCGUUUAAGGAGAAUAUUGGGAUUCUGAGGGGGAUGGAGGGAAUUGUUAAGUUGGGGGUGUUUCAUGUUAGUUGUAAGAGCAAGUUGCCUCCUAAGAAGGAGUGA